CCGACAUUGUCGAAGGCGGCGGCGGCAAAGAUUGUGCGGUGUGCGCGUGCAUUAGGGACGCGAUUGUUUCGGGAUUUGUUUAAUCGGCCGCACGCGACUAUGGCGCAGCUCCCGAGACCUAAGAAGCAGCGUUCCGGAGGUGGUGGAGGCGGCGUAAAGUUUAAGUGCAAAGUUGCUGCUUUGUGCGCCGCGUGCGUGAUGUUUGGGCAACUCAUCGACAGCCGGAAAACUUCGGACUUUCAGCGCGUCGAUAAUAAUGAACAAAAAGUUUGUGGUAUUCUGCAUUCAAAUCCACUAUUCAACAGUCCAAAGUUAUCAGAAAUUGAAGAAUUUCCAUGGGUGGUGGCAAUCAACUACCGCCAAAAUGGCGGCAAGAAAAAAAAAGUUGAUUCUUUUCGUUGUCUUGGAUCUCUUAUAACCGACAUGCAUAUUUUGACAUCUGCUUCAUGUGUUGAUGUGGAUUGGUGGUUAUUAUCUAUCGAUUCCGUACGCGUCGGCAAGUACAACAUUCAAGAUACGGGCCUGGAGUGCGUCAACAAUCUCAGCGGCGGCGAGUGCACCGCCUCCUCACUCAAUGUUCCCGUCGAGGAAAUUAUUAUAUUUGACACCUAUGACCCGAUAACACUCAUGGAUAAUGUUGCGAUUAUCAAGCUCAAUCAAAGUGUCACUUAUACAGAUUAUGUACGACCAAUUUGUUGGAAAGGCUUGAAACAAUCACAUGAGACUUACAGUAACCUAAAAUACAACUACACUUAUUGGACAAGUGGAUUUUCAAUGGAAGAUAAUUUUGUUAUCAUUAAAAAACCUGAUCGUUGGGAAAUUGCCGAUGAAGAAUGUGAUACACGCCUGGCGCAUUAUUUCGAAAUUGAAGAAUACAACAUAACCUCACAUACAAUGUGUACAAGAGAUGCACCAACCACAAAAUCAAAAUGCAUCAUGGAUACCGGAAGUCCACUAUUUUACCGCAGCUCCAGUAACGGUCGUUGGUUUCAACGUGGAAUUUCGUCAUUCAACACAAAUUGCAGUGAAAAUAAUGCUGUUACAAAUUAUGCACGAUUAGAAGAUUAUGAAGAUUGGAUAGAUGAUACUGUCACCAGACUAACAUAACCUAUAUUAUAAUCUAUUUUUUUUUGUUGUUGUUGAAAAGCACAUGCGCAAGUUUUUUAUUGUUUGGUAUUAAGAAUAGCAUAUUCUGUUAAGAACAUUGUCGUUAAGGGGUGUUGAGGUUUGAGAGGGCGGCAGGCCUUGUUUAGUGCGGCGGCCAUUACGCCCGAAAGCGCGCAGAAUAUUACACUACAAAUUAGUGGGUGCCUCGUCGGCCUCACUCGUUAGCGGGCACGUACGCGCACUAUUCACAGAUAAAGUCAUAUUACCGGGGGCGGCAAUGCCGCCUCAGUGAUAUCACGCGUUUAUGUAUCCUUGCAAGGAUAAUGUUUAUUGUUACUGAGCUAUAUGGAAGCGACAAGGUACAACGUCAAGUUUUAAAAUGUCAAAGCAAUUUUGUAUUAUUUUUACUUCCGGUUUGUUAAAAUUUAUAUCACA